AGGAAAGAAAUAAAGUCACUCAGACUUUAUCUUAUGAACAUGCUUUUUAACGAAAGUCCCCCUUUUUUCAGAUUGGCAGGCUCUAAUCUCACAAUUCAGCACUGUGAAAUUGUGGCUUCAGCUUUACAAUCAUCAAACUCCCCGCUGAGAGAGCUGGACCUGAGUAACAAUGACCUGCAGGAUUCAGCAGUGAAGUUACUGUGUGCUGGACUGAAGAGUCCAAACUGUCAACUCAACAUACUGAGAUUGGCAAUCUGUAAUCUCACUGAUCAGCACUGUGAAACUAUGGCUUCAGUUUUACAAUCAUCAAACUCUUCUCUGAGAGAGCUGGACCUGAGUAACAAUGACCUGCAGGAUUCAGGAGUGAAACGGCUGUGUGCUGGACUAAAGAGUCCAAACUGUCAACUCAACCUACUGAGAUUAUCUGGCUGUAUGGUGACAGAAGAAGGUUGUGCUGCUCUGGCAUCAUCUCCGAGUUCAAACCCCUCACACCUGAGAGAGCUGGAUCUGAGCUACAAUCACCCAGGAGUUUCAGGAGUGAAGCUGCUCAACCACCUGGAAAAACUCAAUGUGGAUCAUGGAGGAGAGUUCAGGAUCACAUCAGGACUCCACAAAUAUGCCUGUGAUCUCACACUGGAUACAAACACAGCAAACAAACACUCAAACUGUCUGACGAGAACAGAAAGGUGACACGUGUGGAUGAACAACAGUCAUAUCCUGAUCAUCCAGACAGAUUUGAUGAGUAUCCUCAGGUUCUGAGUGUUGAGAGUUUGACUGGACGCUGUUACUGGGAGACUGAAUGGAGUGGAGAUGAUGUUUAUAUAUCAGUGUCAUAUAAAGAAAUCAAGAGGAAAGGAAGGAUAAUGACUGUGUGUUUGGACGUAAUGUGAACUCCUGGAGUCUUGAAUGCUCUGAUCACAGAUUCACUGCCCGUCACAAUAAUAAGUCCACUGCUGUAUCUGCUGGUUCAGUGUCCAGUAAGAGAGUAGGAGUGUAUGUGGACGUGUCUGGCGGCACUUUGUCCUUCUACAGCGUCUCUGACACACACAAACUCACACACUUACACACAUUCACACACACAUUCACUCAAACACUACACGCUGGAUUUGGACUUUAUAAUUUAAACUGUUCAGUGUCUCUGUGUGACAUUAAACACACACAGACAUUAAACACACACAGACAUUAAACACACACAGACAUUAAACACACACAGACAUUAGUGGACACAGUGUGAGUGUAAUGAUGUGAAAGUGUUGCUGUUGUUGUGUGUGUUUUAAUCACAGGCUUCAGGAAGUUCAAUAUCAGACACACAAGACAGUUUCCUGUUUCAGAUCAUCAGGAUGAAGAUGUUUCUCCAGUCAGAGACACUUUCUGUGUUUCUGUCCAACACAAAUCACACAUUAAUACAGACAAAUAAAAUCACGUCAUAUUUACACUGUUGUAUCAUAUUAA